AAUGUUCCUGCGGAGCCCCGAGCAUGAAAAGCGUAACACCGGAAGUAUGUCGGUGUUGUUAUCGCUUACAAAUGUGACCAAAUGUUUGUUUUUGACCUUCCGUGUGCUCUGUAACAUCGUCUAAGAUCAUGGAGUCAACGGGACCGCCUCUUUAUUCAGCAGGUCCGUCAGCAGACAUGGCGCGGAGCACCGAGGAGGACUCGCUGGUGGACGGACCGCUGAUCUCUGCAGAUGCCCUCCAGUCUGCCAUGAGGAGAGAGUUUCAGGCUGUGCCAACAACCUGUCCUGCUGGUUUCCUGUCUUUAAUCCAUGUUCUGUACGUCGUGCUGUCGCUGUGCGUGGGCAUAAUGUGCGUGUUGAAGUUCGGCCGAGAGGAGGUGUGCCUGCGCAUCUUGGGCAGCGUGCAAGGCGACAGCGCCAUCGUGUUCGGAAAGGUGUUCCUGUGGGCGCUGCUGCUGCUGCUCACCGUCUGGAUGCAGCACCAUCACAGCCGCGCCCGGUGCCGGGGGUACCUGAGGUUUUACCGACAGACGCGGAGGCUGAAGCAGACGCCGCUCGUCAUACAUUCGACAGGUAAUGUUCUGGUGCUGCUGCUCUCGGCUCUCAGGUUACCACAGAUGAUGCACACCUCGUUGCUGCUCGGCGUUCUGGGCGUUGAGUUUCUGGUCGCCUGGCCCUGCCUCCUUUAUUACACAGUCAAGGUGAUGCAGUUCAACAACGAGCGAGCCGUACCAGACGUGAGCCAAGAGGAGCAAUCGCACUCCUACACCGUCACAAGCCUGCCGACUGAGACCGGCUUCAGAGGCUCGUCCAGUCUUGAGGAGGUGGUGGAGAAGCAGGCCGACCUGAUUGAGUACCUGAAAAAGCACAACACGUUGCUGAGCAAGAGGCUGCUCAACCUCACUGCUCAGCACUAAGCCCGCUCCUGCCUCAGCUCUGCACGCCAGCCCGCCGGUGAAAGCCUCCAGCACUCAGGAGAAAGAUCGGUUUACUGCUCUGAGAGAAGAUCUGAAAGGCUAAAGCGGAGCAAAAUGCACCUGUACACACAGACGGCUCCUCCACACCUGAGAGGGACUGAUAACGCAGCAGGAACUGAAAGUGGAGGAGAUUCGGAGGAGAGUGGGAGGUGGAAGGGAGGAGACGGAGUCGUGGGUCACAGAUCAGAGGUGACGGGGGGUUUUUAUCCUUGUGCCACGAGCUUCACUGACCCGUAGAGCCGUAAGAUCAACUGCACAAAGGACAGAGAGGUUAUCAUCUAUCUGGCCCAAGCAAGUGGGGUUAAAAUGUACUGUUUUAUCAAUCUGCUUAAUUUUCUUACCUGUUUUGUCAUUAUGUAUCUCAAUAAAAAUGUGGAUUUUCUGGUUUUA